AUGACCGUGCCGAGUACAGAAAGAAGCCAGCUGUGGAACGAAACCAGUGCGUGUCCUCCCAAAGCCAGCAUCCAUAGCCCGGGGCUUUUUGUGAACCAUGGCCUGCGGGAUCCGGUGGCUCGGGAAUACAAGUUUGUGAUUACGCUGGCGUCCCCCUUGUGUGCCAUGUACUGUAAUCUGUAUUCGUACCCCGUCUUGGAGCUGAGCCGGCAGGGUAGCUCUUUCGAUGAGGGGUGUGAGGGGCACACCAAAAAAGAGACAUCAUGGACCCCUCCGUCUCGCCCUCUCUCUCCGGCUCCCUCUCUGCCACAUCUCAUCCCUGCCCCUCCAUUUCGAAGAAGACAACACACCUGGCCUUCUUUCAACGUCAUUUGCAUCCAGUGGUGGGAUGCCAUUGGACAGAGCCACCUCCGAUCUGAACGGAAGAUAGAGGAGGGUUCGUCAGUGUUGAUGAAGGCCGCACCACAUUAUUUCACCACCCAGACCAGACCGCUGUUCUAUCAUUUCCCGCCUGCUGAAGGAGGGUCCAUUGAAUUUUCAUCAUCACGGCUCGAGUUCACCUGGCGGAUCCAGAUCCAAAGUCUGGAGCAAUUAUCUCGUUGCCCGGUGCCCGUUCGAGCAGACCACGACGACGCGUCCUUCCCAACAAUGAGUAGGCAGAUCGAUUUCAAUCAGGACACUGCCCGGCCAUACCAAGCGGCCCAUGACAUGACCUCCCUUCCCGGACAUCUGCGCCCAGGCCCUGCGGCGCUGCUGUAA